AUGGCAGUGUUGGCUGUAUCCUCGCUGGUCAUAGUUGACUCGGUGUCUUUCUUUGGGACGCUUCUCUGUGCCUUAAUUGAGUGUCCUCCGUCGCGUAGGUCCAUGUUAUUAAGCAUUUUGAAGGUUCAGAGGCAAGUUGUCAGGAAUUUAUUAAGGAUUUUGGACUUUUGAGACGGUACUCAGAACUACACGUGCAUCUCUGCCAAAAGGCCACCCGAAGUCAACCAUCUGUUCUUUUGACUGUACGACUCAAAAAAGAUCAGAGUCAGUAAAAAGAGCCGAACUUCCCAUCACUAUUACAGAGAUCGAAAUUAAAAAGUGAAACAUUGUUUCCGAGGUCAGACAGGCUUAUAUUAACCCCCGCUGUACCAAACCAAACGCUAGGCUGGAAGCAAAGGGGAAAUAAUGAGUUGAGAUAAAUACAAGAGAUGAUUCAGACAGCAACAUGAACAUUAUAUUAUUAUGGAGGCGCAGUGAUCGUUUUCAGUUGCCAGGCAGAGGUGUGUCUGCGACAGCCAAUACAGCGCGGCUUGGACCGCUGCUCGUCCAAUCAGCAUCCAGGAUCCAAACAACCAGUUUUAUAAUAUACAGUACAUGACUCUUGAAAGACAAGUAGUAUUAAGAUGGACAGCUUGCUAUUCUGCAUGCAAGAAAUAUUACUAUAAUUGACCUUAUUUAUUGAAAUACACUCUUCUAUGGAUGACAAUAAAAUGUAUGGAUGAAAGGGUUUACUUAAGAUUGAUCCCUGUGCUUUCUCCUCAGCUCCAGUCCAGCCUCCAGACAACCUUGUGUGGAUUCAGGAAGGGACGAACAUAUCAUUAAACUGGGACCCGGUUAAGUCUAAAGACAACGAGUCAGAUGUCAUAGGAUACAAGGUAUGCCCCCCUUACUGUACUGGCCAGGCCACCUUACUGUACUGGCCAGGCCUCCUUACUGUACUGGCCAGGCCACCUUACUGUACUGGCCAGGUCUACUUCCUCUACUGGCCAGGUCUCCUUCCUCUACUGGCCAGGUCUCCUUCCUCUACUGGCCAGGUCUACUUACUGUACUGGCCAGGUCUCCUUACUGUACUGGCCAGGUCUACUUACUGUACUGGCCAGGUCUACUUACUGUACUGGCCAGGUCUCCUUACUGUACUGGCCAGGUCUACUUACUGUACUGGCCAGGUCUCCUUACUGUACUGGCCAGGUCUACUUACUGUACUGGCCAGGUCUACUUACUGUACUGGCCAGGUCUCCUUACUGUACUGGCCAGGUCUACUUACUGUACUGGCCAAGUCUACUUACUGUACUGGCCAGGUCUACUUACUGUACUGGCCAGGUCUACUUACUGUACUGGCCAGGUCUACUUACUGUACUGGCCAGGUCUACUUACUGUACUGGCCAGGUCUACUUACUGUACUGGCCAAGUCUACUUACUGUACUGGCCAGGUCUAAAAGAGGACUUCCUGGAUAAAUAAUGGUUGAAAAAAGAAAAGAAAAGUAGAACCGCCAUUUCAGCUAAUACUCAUUCAUUUCAGCUAAUACUCAUUCAUUUCAGCCAAUACCCAUUAAUUUCAGCUAAUACUCAUUCAUUUCAGCUAAUACUCAUUCGUUUCAGCUAAUACCCAUUCAUUUCAGCUAAUACUCAUUCAUUUCAGCUAAUACUCAUUCAUUUCAGCUAAUACCCAUUCAUUUCAGCUAAUACCCAUUCAUCUCAGCUAAUACUCAUUCAUCUCAGCUAUGCUCAUUCAAUCUCAGCUAAUGCUAAUUCAUCUCAGCUAAUGCUCAUUAAUCUCAUUAAUCUCAGCUAAUUCUCAUUAAUCUCAGCUAAAGCUCAUUAAUCUCAGCUAAUGCUCAUUAAUCUCAGCUAAUGCUCAUUAAUCUCAGCUAAUACUCAUUAAUCUCAGCUAAUGCUCAUUAAUCUCAGCUAAUACUCAUUAAUCUCAGCUAAAACUCAUUAAUCUCAGCUAAUGCUCAUUCAUCUCAGCUAAUGCUCAUUAAUCUCAGCUAAUACUCAUUCAUUUAUAUUUUUAAAAAAUUUGGUCAUUUAGCAGACGCUCUUAUCCAGAGCGACUUACAGUUAGUGAGUGCAUACAUAUUCAUAUCUCAGCUAAUGCUCAUUAAUCUCAUUAAUCUCAGCUAAUGCUAAUUAAUCUCAGCUAAUACUCAUUAAUAUCAGCCAAUACACAUUCAUCUCAGCUAAUGAUCAUGCAUCUUAUCUAAUACUCAUUCAUCUCAUUCAUUUCAGCUAAUACUCAUUAAUAUCAGCUAAUGCUCAUUAAUCUCAGUUUAUGCUCAUUAAUCUCAGCUAAUGCUAAUUCAUCUCAGCUAAUGCUCAUUAAUCUCAGCUAAUACUCAUUCAUCUUGGAACCGGUGUCCUGGCUUGAUUCCCAUCCUGGCACCCAUACUAUCAUACUGUAUAUAGCCUCUUAAUCACCCCCAGCUAACUCAUCCAACCAUACUAUCAUACUGAAUAUAGCCUCUUAAUCACCCCCAGCUAACUUAUCCACCCAUACUAUCAUACUGAAUAUAGCCUCUUAAUCACCCCCAGCUAACUCAUCCAACCAUACUAUCAUACUGUAUAUAGCCUCUUAAUCACCCCCAGCUAACUCAUCCACCCAUACUAUCAUACUGAAUAUAGCCUCUUAAUCACCCCCAGCUAACUCAUCCAACCAUACUAUCAUACUGUAUAUAGCCUCUUAAUCACCCCCAGCUAAGUCAUCUUCUCUGCUACCCUUUCCCAGGUCAGCUGGUGUAAAUGAGAACGUUUUCUCAGUCACCUUAAAAUAAAGGUAGAAUAAAUGCUAACAGACUAAACGGCAGAUACAAACUGCCUAUAGGCUACAUCAUCUAUGGAAGACAGCUGGAGCCAGUAACCACAGGGCCAGCAUCUGUUUAGGUCUUAUUAGCGUCUGGCAGUGACCUGUCUGAAUAAACAUAGCCUACAGGUAUGCAACAAUGUCUACUGUGCCAUCUUGACCUGAGGAAGGCUGUUGCAACUGAAACAUUGUAUAUGUGGCUACGGGAAUAAGACACUGUCUGUACAAACAGUAUCUGCUGGUUUACAUUCAGUUAUAACCCAGGAGCAGUCAAACCUGAAGGUGUUAUAACCCAGGAGCAGUCAAACCUGAAGGUGUUAUAACCCAGGAGCAGUCAAACCUGAAGGUGUUAUAACCCAGGAGCAGUCAAACCUGAAGGAAAAAGAAGACCAGCACUAUUUCUCUACAUGUAUUACAUCAGCAGGCUCAACUGUGGGCGAAUGUUGUUUGUGGGUCCUACAGGUUGAUUGAUUGAUUGAUUGAUUGAUUGAUGAAUUGAUUGAUUGACUGACUGAUGAUUGAUUGACUGACUAACUGACUGACUGAUUGAUUGAUUGAUUGAUUGACUGAUGAUUGAUUGAUUGGUUCUGGGUCCAACUACAGGUGUUGUUGAGUCAGGAGGGGCGUGUCCACCAUCAGGUGGUGAGGACCAUCACCACCUCGGCCGUCCUCUCUCUCCCAGAGGGGGGCACCUACGUCAUUGAGGUGCGGGCAGUGAGUGAAGGGGGAGAGGGAGCAGCCAGCUCCCAGGUCAGAGUACUCACCUCUUCUGGUAAGACAAGACACUGGGGGCCACACUCAAUAAACACACAUUGUGGUAUUUCUAUUAAAUAGCAGGCUAGGAGUUAAUGGUCUCAUCUAGAGCAACAGAAUCCACCUCUCUCUCCACCUGCGCUGUUUUUCUUUCUACCGAUAUUCUGUUAAAAGUCCAAUGCAGCCGUUUUUAGUACAAUAUCAAAUUUCUAUGUAACAAUUACGUACCUUACUGUGAUUUUUUUAUUUAUUUAAAACAUUGUCAAACGGAAGCAAGAAUUUAGCUAGGACUGUCUGGGAGUGGUCUGAGUGGGGAGGGGCAAACUGAAAACUAGCUGUUAUUGGCAGAGAGGUUUGGAACUCUCUUUCUUAUUGGUUUAUUAACUAAUUUACCACCUGGGGAUGUCGCUAGGCAGGCCAAAAUUCCAUUCCACCAAAACAGGAAGACAUUUCAAUCUUUUCAAACAGCUCUUACACUAAAAGGGCAUUAUCACCAUUUUCACAAUUUCACAGAAUUAUUCCAACCUCAUAGUGUGGAAAUAUAUAAAACACAGAACACCACGUUGUUGACUGCACUGGGCCUUUAAAGUGCUUAAUUGAGUCACCACAGCUGUUGCCUCAGCCAAGUUUCCCUUGGCUAAUACUGUUUUAAUUAACCACCUCUACACACACACCACUGCACACACACACACACACACACACACACACACACACAUACACACACACACACACACACACACACCACUGCACACACACACACACACACACACACAUACACACACUCACUCUCACACACACACACCACUGAACACACACACACCCACCUACGCCACUGCACAGCCAUUUAACUAUCAAACAAGAGAAAUGUAAAGUUGACAAUUUUCUACUAACACUAGUAUAAAGUUGUUCCGAUCAGACGUCUAAAUGUGUCGUUUUCUCAUUCUCUGCCAGAGGAAAUAUUCAUUUCUGCAGUUUCAAAGCUGCUAAGAAUUCAUGUCAGACUGCUGUGUGUGCUUAGUUUGUGUCUGAGAAGAAACCGGUCCUGUUGAUUGGAACUGUUUUGUCUUUCUUAUUGCACAAGCCUUAACUUGUUAUUUUCCCUUUACAUGCUGAUGUUUUAAGGAGCUUGUUGUCUAACCCAGAAUGCAAAACUGAAUAUCGCUUCACUAGUGUUUUCUCAGUGAAGUCAAACAAAAAUGAAAUGGAGUUUCAGUUUGGAUUCCAGGCUGACUUUAGUCCUCUACUCUCUGCCUUUAGUCCUCUACUCUCUGCCUUUAGUCCUCUACUCUCUGCCUUUAGUCCUCUACUCUCUGCCUUUAGUCCUCUACUCUCUGCCUUUAGUCCUCUACUCUCUGCCUUUAGUCCUCUACUCUCUGCCUUUAGUCCUCUACUCUCUGCCUUUAGUCCUCUACUCUCUGCCUUUAGUCCUCUACUCUCUGCCUUUAGUCCUCUACUCUCUGCCUUUAGUCCUCUACUCUCUGCCUUUAGUCCUCUACUCUCUGCCUUUAGUCCUCUACUCUCUGCCUUUAGUCCUCUACUCUCUGCCUUUAGUCCUCUACUCUCUCUCUGCCUUUAGUCCUCUACUCUCUGCCUUUAGUCCUCAUACUCUCUUGUCCUUUAGUCCUCCUACCUCAUUCCCUUCUCCCCAUCCAUCCUUCCAUUCCCUGUCUCCCAUCUACAUCCUGUUCCAUUCCUCUUUGUCUCCCAUUCAUCCUUCCAUUUCCCUGUCUCCCCAUCCAUCCUUCCAUUCCCCUGUCUCCCCAUCCAUCCUUCCAUUCCCCUUGUCUCCCCAUUCAUCCUUCCAUUUCCCCAUAUUCCAUCCCCAUCCAUCAUCCUUCCAUUCCCCUGUCUCCCCAUCCAUCCUUCCAUUCCCCUGUCUCCCCAUCAUCCUUCCAUUCCCUGUCUCCCCAUCCAUCCUUCCAUUCCCCUGUCUCCCCAUCCAUCCUUCCAUUCCCCUGUCUCCCAUCAUCCUUCAUCCUUUCCAUCCAUCCUUCAUCCUUCCCCAUCAUCUCAUUCCAUUCCCCUUCUCCCCAUCCAUCCUUCCAUUCCCCCUGUCUCCCCAUCCAUCCUUCCAUUCCCCUAUCUCCCCAUCCAUCCUUCCAUUCCCCUGUCUCCCCAUCCAUCCUUCCAUUCCCCUGUCUCCCCAUUCAUCCUUCCAUUCCCCUAUCUCCCCAUCCAUCCUUCCAUUCCCCUGUCUCCCCAUCCAUCCUUCCAUUCCCCUGUCUCCCCAUUCAUCCUUCAAUUUCCCUGUCUCCCCAUCCAUCCUUCCAUUCCCUCGUCUCCCCAUUCAUCCUUCCAUUCCCCUGUCUCCCCAUUCAUCCUUCCAUUCCCCUGUCUCCCCAUUCAUCCUUCCAUUCCAUUGUCUCCCCAUUCAUCCUUCAUUUCCCCUGUCUCCCCAUUCAUCCUUCCAUUCCCCCUGUCUCCCCAUCCAUCCUUCCAUUCCCCUGUCUCCCUCCAUCCCCUCCAUUCCCCCUUUCUCUCUCCACCCCUCCAUCCCCUCCACCCCUCCAUCCCCUCCAUCCUUCCAUCCCUAGGUGUCCGGGUGAAGAGUGGCCAGUGUUCGGUUCACAGCCUGCUACCUUGGGGUCUGACAUGGACUACUGCUCUGCUCCUCUCUGUUCCUCUGGUGCCUUCAGCUUCC